AUGAGCGGAAACGGGCCCGACGUUGUUGACCUGACAACCAGGGCAAGGUCGACAACUAGAGCACCCCAGCAAAAUCCUAUAAUCUUAUCAUCCUCGCCGCCUGGCGCCUCAGACCACGCACCAUCCUCCCAACGUUCACAGCUACCUCCUCCCCGUGGUGUCAAGCGCCGUCGUCCAUGGAGCGAUGAGCAUGGCGAUUCCUUCGCAUCCUCUUCGGCUCUCUCCGAAGAUGUGCCUAUCGAAACGAUCGAUAUGACCGACGACUCAAGCGUGGCCGCACUCGCUCGGACAGUGGCUAAACAGAGGGAGGACGCUAUCAAAGCGCAGGCAUCAGCGGAGAGCAAUUCAAAUCUCUCCACUAUACUUGCCUACAAGUGUCCUAUUUGCAUGGAGACGCCUGUAGACGCAACGAGCACCUCAUGCGGUAUGGUUCUGAUUCUCUGCUAUAUAGGGCUUUACCAGGGCUUCUACUGA